AUAAAAAAAAAAUAAACAAUCAUUAUUAUAUUGGCUAAUUUAAAUAAUUAAUAAAUAAAGUAAAUUAAGCAAAUACUAUCAGCUAUGAGUACUUUUACAGAUUAAAAUACUCACCCUUCAAGUUAAGAUUUAGAUUAAAGCAAUUUUUUGGAACAAAAAAGUUCUGAAACAGACAAUUUCAAGUAGCUAGAAUCAUAAUUCCUUCCAAGCAAUAUUCUUCAAAUCCUAUCAGAACAAAAUAGGCCUGCUAUUUAGGCAGAAUAACUUGAUGAAUAUUUUAAGAAUUUAAGUUUUUUUGACAAGCUGCGCUCAGAGGGAGGUUCACAAAUCAACGAUCUGCUUCUUCAUGAAGUUUGGAGAAAUGUUGAGUUUGCUUAGUUAGAAGCAAAUACUUUAAUAUUUAAAGAAAAAGAGCCUUCUAAUAAUAAAAUGUUUAUAAUAUUGAAAGGAAAAGUAGGUAUUAACAUUAAGCCACUUUAAGAAGAGUUAUUUAAUCAAGGUAACGAAAAAAACGAAUAACCUACAAAAUUAUAAAAAGUUAACUCAAAACCCAAAGAAAAUAACUAAUAAAAUGAUUAAUAAGCAGAAAGAAAAAAUUCUUAAUAAAAUGCAGAUGGUAACGAUAAUGAAAAUAACAGAAAUUAAUCCUAUUAGGUUUCUAAUUAAAAUAAUUUUACUAAGUAAAAUGAAGCUUCAACUCCCUAAAAACAUAAUUAAACAACCUUUCGAUUGGAUUAGUAGCAUAUAGAUGAAAAUUAACAAAUGGAUCAAAGCGAUAGUGAUAGUGAUUAAGAAAAUUAAUAAUCAGAAUAAUAAGAAAAUAAUCCUUUUCCUCAACUAGGUAGGAAAGUUGCUGAAUUAGAAUCAGGUAAAGCUUUUGGUGAAUAGGCGCUAUUUAAGGAAGGUGGGUUUAGAAAUGCGAGCGUUUAUACACUUGAAUAAUCAAGUUUUUUAGUUAUAUGGAGGGAUAAAUUUUUAGGUGUACUUUCUGUUCUAGAAUAAAUAAAAUAAGAUAAAAUUUAAAGGAUAGGAAAUGUUCUUCCUUUUUUUAAUGACAUUGUUAGCUCCUAAUUGAAAGAUAGAUUAGUUUAUUUAUUUGAAGAUGUUAGCAUCUCCAAAGGUACGAUCCUCACAUAAGAGAAUGUUAAGGGAUCUUAUAUAUAUAUUUUAAGAAGUGGUAGAGUUGCUCUUGAAAAAAGUAUUACUUUAGAAGAAUAUAAAGAAAAAGAAAGUUAGAGUGUAAGGAAAUAAACUUUUUAACACAGAUUCAGUGAAUUUACAACAGCAGAACUAAUUGGAGAUGAAAUUUUAGAAGAAAAAUCUAAAAUAUACUUCCAUAAAAAGAAUCUAAAACCUUCUGAGUAUUUGUUCACAUCAAUUGUUUUGUCCAGUGAUUCUCAAUUUUUAAGGUUAGAUAAAAAGAAAGUAAUUGAUGGAUUUCCAAAGUACAUAGUUGAGAAAUUAAGAGAAAAUAUGCUCAUAAAAAAGAAGAUGCGUGUAAAAAUAAUUGAAGACUAUGUUUAGAGAAUAUAGCCUAAUUUUGUAGAAUAUUAAAAAAAAGAUAUAAAUAUGAAAAAGAGCUUAGUUAAGAAAUUUAAAAUCUCAAAUAAUAUUGUAGGACACCUUUUAGGUGAAAACACACCCUUAUCCUCUAGCUCUAGUCCUUCAAAGAAAGUGCAAUUCUAAAAUAUAGUUAGAAAUAGUAUCCUACCUCUCUAUAAAAAUUAAAUAAAUUACUCUUUGGAAGCCAACAAAACACUUAUUUAAGAUUUGCAAGUCAUAAAAUUAAAGAAGCAAAAAAGUAAUUAAUUUAAGAAAGAUGCAGAUACCCCUACUCAAUAGGAUGGUUAAAAAAGUUAUUUAUUUUAAUUAAAUAAUGAAGAGAAAAGUCUGGGCAUAAAUGAUAAAUAAGGAUAGUAAUUAAAUAGUGCUAGCUUUUCUAAUAAUUUUACAAAAAGGUAAUAAAACUAAAAAGAAGAUAAUAGUUAUACUGAUAACUAACAUGGAAGCGUUACUUCAAGAUCUUAGUUUUCUAAAAGCAAAGUAACAAAUAAUUAAUCAAUUUCUCUAGUAGAUAAUGGAUUAUAAGAAAGUUAAAACUAUAUACUUCCAAAUGGGUAUAGUAGUUUUACUAAUAUUAAUAAUUAAGUAAAAAAUAAUCUUAAUGGUAGUGUAAAUGAUAUUUAAAAUGAGUAUUUUUCUUAAGGAAUUGAUAAAAAUUAAAAACACGUUAAAUUAAGGUUAUCCUAAAGUAUCCCUUCACUUACAAAUGUAGUUAGAACUGUUAACUCUGAAUUAAAACCUAAUCCGAAUUUCUUCUACAAUCAUGCUGAGAAGUUAUAAAAGUAAAAAGUAUUGAGUUAAGAAGAAGAAAACAAGCUUAAAUAAAAAAAUUCUAAUAAUCCAUCUAAAAUUAUGCAAGUAUAGCAAGAAAAAUAAAAAGUUGAACCACUUACUGAAGAAUAAAACAGGAAAAUAUAAAAUUAUAAAAAUUCACACAUCAGUUAAAUAUCUAAAAAAAUAGACUGUGACAUUAUGAAAAAGGAGAUUAUUUAUCAGCACAUGACAAGCUUAAAAGAAUAAAAGUUAAUAAACCCCUUCGAAGAUUAGAACGCUAAAAGACAAAAGCAAAUUCAAAAAGAAAUUUAAGGAGUGAUUUAGAAAGUUUAAAAAUAUAGCUAAGAAAUUUAAUCUCACCCAAACUCAUAGACUACCAAAAUAAAAAAAGCUGAAGAGAAUAGAGGACCGAAUUUAUCACUAAAACCCAUUUAGGAAACUAAAUAAGAAGAAUUAACUUCUAAGCAAUUUAUAAACAUAAGUAAUUAAAAUGUAACUUAGGGUUCUGUAAGUUUAAGUGAAUUUAGUAAUGAAACAGUUACUUAGUCAAUCAAGUUCAAUACCAAACCUGAUAGCAAAAAGAUUGUUAAAUUUUAAGCAGAAGCAGAAAAGACAGAAAUACCUUCCACAAUUUAAAGCUAAACAGAAAGAAAUAAAUCUAGCUAAAGACUAGAAUCAUACUUGCUACUCCAAGAUACUGAAAGUACUAAUAACCAUGAACAUGGAAGUAGUAGUAGUGGUAGUCAUGAUAGCAAUGAAGAUAUAGAUCCCAUAUAAAAAAAAUUAUCUGUUUUGUAAGGCAAACAUAAAAAAAAAUUUUAUAUGUUACAAGAAACUUGGGAUUUAGGUGUUGAGAAUUUAAAAAUGAAAGAACUUGAUUUAAGAAAUGAUUUAUAAAGAAAAGGUAUUAUUCACAAACCUCCUUUAGAAUAAACAAAUAAGGAUUAGUUUGAAAAGCUAGAUCAACAUUAAUUGAAAAUGUUUAAAAAAUAUAUGAAAAAAAAAACUAAAUAGCUUCAAAAAGAAAAAUAACAAAUAAAUAAUCUGUUUAGGAUGAUAUAACCUGAAAUAAAGGGUUAAGAAACUUACAAUCAAAGUGAAAUGAAAUCAAAACUAAAUUUAGAUUUAUAAAUUCUCUAGUAGUUAGGUUAAAGUAAUACAUAAUAGUCUAUUUCAAGUAUUAAAACAAUUACAGAGAGAACAGUUAAUGAAAAUAAUCAAAAUUAAAACUCAGAAUAUAUGUAAAACUCAUAAUAGAAAACAAAUGAUCAUAUUUAACAACAAUCGAGUCCUUAAUUAAACUUCAUUAAUGGAAACGAUAGUAAUAAUUUUAGUAUAUAAUAAAUGAAGCCAAAUUAAAAUGCUUAAGCAAAAUAAAAAUAGAAUUCUUAAGUUAGUAUUUCUACUGUUCAGCUUUCACUACCCUAGAUUUCUCCUUCUAAAAAGUUAUCUCAUAAAUAUAUAAUAUCUUAAAAUUAAAUUGGAGAUAAUUUUAAUAUCAACAAUAGUUCUUACAAAGCAAAGACGGAAGGAGAUCUAGAGUUAGAACAAAUAAGGAUUUCUUCAGAAAAAGUUAGAUAUAAUAAGCUUAUUAAUUCACCAGAUAAAAAAUAGUCUUCUAGUAUAAUAUUGGAAUUAAGUCCUCUCUUAGCAAGGCUUUAAAUAAGUCAAAGUUCUACAAAUUUAAGUUAAAGCAUUUCUAAUCCUUAAAAAUAAGUAAUAGCUAAUACUGAAAGGUAAAGCAAAGAUUAGCAAAGUCAGAAAGCUGCCAUAUUGAACUAAUAAUUGCCUAAUAUAGUUUAUAAUAACAUUAAUUCAUACAAGACCAGACCAAACCAAGAAAUUUAGAUUUUACAAAAUAAGACCAAACAACUGAAACAGAUGCAAUAAAUUGAAUUUACUAAGAAAGAACUUCAAAAAAUAUCUUCCUCAUCAAGUAUGAUAUCUCCAAACAGGCACUAAAAUGAAGGUCUAAAAUAAUAAUUAUUUUUAUCACCUUAAAGUGCAAAAUUACUAUAAAAGAUUUGA